AAUAAAUCAUUUUUAUUGGGACUUGAUUGACCAAAUCAUUUUAUUUGGGUUUAUUUCGCAAUUGGCAAAAUAUGAAGGUUGAAUUGGAUAUAUUUAAAAGUUUGGAAUUUAUAUAUAUACUUUUGGAAGUUUAAGGAUUAAAGGUUACUAAAAAGUAAAGUUAAGGGACUUAAUUUGCAAUUAUGGGAUUGUGGACAAUUAAUUCAACCUUUGACCCAUUUUUUUUCUCAUUUUCACACCAAAACACACACACCACCUACGAGAAGCAGAACCAGCCGAGAAAGAAGAGAAAAAGAGGAAAAGAAAAAGGGAAAAAAGGAAAAGAAAAAGGAAGAAGAAGGGGAAAAAGAAAAGGAAAGGAGGUGGUGACGAGGAAGUUGGAAGAGCCUAUCGACCAGUUUAGGUUCAGCUUGUGUUAUAUAGAAGCUGCGUUGAGCCAUAUCAGAGCCUGUCGUUCGACGAGUUGAGCUUCAUCGUGUCCUUGUUUGUAUGUCUCAUUUUGUUAAUUCAUACAACAUAUAUUUUGGGGGUUAAUGUAUUUUGUAUCAAAAAUGUAUUAAGUCUCAUACCCAUUGCAUAUUUUGUGUAUGUUUUGAAAUGGUAAAUUUCUUUUUCAGUACAACUCCUUGAAGAAUUAGUAUUUUGAUGGGCUAGUGUACCCUAUUUUAAAGUAUGUGUAUAUGUUUGGGAUUUUUGGUUUUAUUCUCAGGUGGUUUUAGUCCAUUUUUCAGAGGAAACUCUGCCGAAAUUUUUAUAAAAUUAUUACAGUCAAAGCAUGUCAAGUUUGCCUUGGUGGUGGGUCCGACAUUUAGCUGGUAUCUACCAUCGACGCACGACACGUGUCGGAUCCAUUAGGGUGAUCAGGACGGGUCGUGUCACUCACUUUGUAAGGAAAGAAGAGUGUUAUCUUGUGCACGUUAGUUUACCAACAUUUACAUCUCUACAAAACCAAGUAAUGAAACAUUUUACUGAACAUAUACGUAUUUUUUCUUCAUAUUCUACAUUUUCCUCGUUUUCUCCAAAUAAUUUCUUCUAAUAGGGUUCAGUGUUUUCUCCAUGUAGCUACGGCUAAGGUGACGUCAUCCCAUUUUUAUAUACUUGUUCUUUGAGCCUUGACCUUGUUAAUGUUGCUUCUUUUUUUUUUUUCGCCCUCGUUUUCUCGUGAAGAUUAUUUUGUUUUGUUUUAUUUGGUUAUUUUCUUGAAAGGUUUUAAUCUGAAUUUACGAUAUAUUUCUUCUUCAAAUGCUGUCUAUUUUGAGUUCAAGAAAAAUCAGGUAAGCAGCCCAGAUUUUGAUGGCAUGCAAUGUAUAAUAUUUAUGAAUAAGUCUGCAUUUUGUCUGUUGAAAUCUUUUCUGUGAAAGUUUCUGUAUGCUUACUUUUUGGGAUUUAUUUACUUCAUUGCCUUUGAAAUUUUGAAUAUAUUUAUCGACUUAUCUUGUGAUCUUGAAAAAUACGUACAUUUUGAAAGAUUCUUGUUGAUUUUUUGAUUAGCAGAGUUAAAUAAAGGAAGAAUGAAGGAGUGCAAUAUAUCAAUUCAUAAUUUUGUGAUGUGCUCCUUUAUAUUGAACCUAAUAUUUAGAUUUUUAACUCUGCUUCUUGUAGAAACAUUUUAGUGUUUUUUUAGCCCAAAAAUUGCCAUCUACAAUGAUUUUUGAAGCUAAUUUUGAGACUUCUCUUUUGAUCUAUUGAAACAAAUUCCUUUUUAUGGUUACAUUUUUUGUAUGUAAAUGUAAAUAUGAAAUAUGUGCACAUAGAUGGAUAAGUAUCUAUGUAUUUCUCUACAUAUAUUUACUCCAGUGUGCACGGGGACAUAAAUUUUUUGUCCAUAAACAUUUAUAUGAACCUAUGUAUUUACUAUGUGGUGAUUCUUUUUGUUUUUCAAGAUUUGAUUAGAAAUGAAUUUAAGUUUGUGGUUUUGAUUCGACACUGACAGAGUUUUGGUUAUUUCAAAUUUCCUCCCAACUGACAACAGAGCAAUUGAACAUUUAUUUUUGAUAUGCUAGCCAUGGAGCUGCAUCUGUAUUCUCUUAUGUGAUGCACAUCAAAUGCUUUCACCUCCAUUUCAAUUUUUAGUCCUUUUCAGGUCUAUUAUUUGUCGGCCGAUUCACCCUCGUAUACAACUUAAAUACAAUAACAGUUUGUUGCUUUCAUACUUUAAAUCCACACAAAAAUUACUCAUUCUUGAAAUCUGGUAAGAUAUUGUUUUAGGAGCAUAAUUAAUCUUGUGGUCACCGAUGAUUCUGUGAUAGCAACAAGAGUAUGGGGACACCAAAAUUUUUUCAUAGUUUUUUUCUGAAUGUCAUGGUUUUGUUGCAUUUCUGAAUAUUAAUGCGUGGGUCCAUAUGUUUAAUGCUUCCCAUGCUGCUGUCUAGGACCAUUAUAUAUGGUUGCAUAUUGUAUUGUACCUCUGCAUUUUGUUGGCUACGAAUAUGUUUUUACAGAUACCGAAAGUUUUCUCUAUUCAUAUUAUUAAUUAUUAACGUGAAUCAUUCUAUUCUGUUCCACCUUUGUAGUUCAAUAUGCAAGCAAAAGCAUUCUAAUAUGCAGGAAUCUUCUGCUUGAUGUUGAUGGACUGCUUCCAAGCCAGCAGUGACAAAAAUACUCUGAAGAGCUGGUUUUUCAUUGACAAAAUGGUUGUUGCAAAGAAAGAGAUUCAGGUUUCAAUUUGAGUAGUUUGCAAUUAUCUGUAUUAGCUGCACUUAGUAUUUGAAGGUUUAUAGUCGGCGUAGGUCUGUAUACGAUGGACCUCAAAUCAAAUAAUUCAUCUCCUUUUUUGACCGAUCCCGCUCCUAUUCCCUUGAAUAAUACACAAUUAGGCAUCCACUCAGGUCUGCUGCCUUAUUCACUGAAUGGCUCUGCUUUCUCUACCACACUCCUUCUUACGAUCCCGAGGAGAAAGUCUGUAAUACUCGAUGAUCUUCGAUCGAGCUUGUUGGAUGCUAUGAUAUUAUCAUCUCCUACUCAUAAAAAAUUAACUAAAGAUUCUAGCACAGAGCUAACGGCGAGUGAUAGUGAUUUUGCUUAUCGCAAUUGGAUGGUAAUGUUCCAUUUCUUCUCUUUUUGUAUAGUCUCAAGUAUUAAAUUUAUUAUUGUAGGAGACAUGUGUUCUUAUUCCGUCUUGGUUUAGCUCAAGUAUCCAUCAGCGCUUGCGUCCUUUGGGAAAAUAGCAAAUGAUGCAAAGGCAAAGAGAAUAGCAUUGUUCUUGGACUAUGAUGGGACUUUAUCCCCUAUUGUAGAUAAUCCAGAUCAUGCCUUCAUGUCAAAUGCUAAAUGUGGCAAAAUAUUUUCCAACGGCAAUAAUUAGUGGGAGAAGCGGUGAUAAGGUCUUCGAGUUUGUAGGACUAACAGAACUUUAUUAUGCUGGAAGUCAUGGUAUGGACAUCAUGGGCCCUGCUGGGCACAUUUCCAAUGACAUGCAGGGUAAGGAGGUUAGUUUAUUCCAGCCUGCGAGUGAAUUCUUACCUAUGAUUGACGAGGUUUUCAAAUCUCUUGUCGAGGUCACAAAAGAUGUAGUCAGGGCAAAAGUUGAGAACAACAGAUUCUGCAUUUCUGUACACUAUUGUAAUGUGGAUGAGAAGGUCAUGGAGUUUCUAAAGACCUUGGUGUUAUGGAAGAAGACAAGUGCAGUAUAAAAGGAAACGGGAGAGGAUCAAAUUAUAUAUCAUUAAGUUCCAAUUAAUUGUUUAUUAUCGUGUUACCAUAAAAGUUACAGAGAGGUUGAGGGAGCAGAGGUGCCUAAUGAAGCUACUUUAAGCUGUGACAGGAAGUUUGUUCUUGCUUAGAAGUUUUUCUUGUAAGUUUUCUUCUUCUAUCUUCUGCACCAAGGAUGCCCUCACACUGGAGUCAAUUCGUCUGUAACUGUAAUUUUGUGUACAUGAUCUCCCAAAGGGAGAGAUUAUGCGGCUGUUUGAGCUCUAUUCUUUUCCAAUUUUUUCUUCACAUCUCAUUUGCUACAGUAGCAAAAAUAUUUAAAAAUUAGAGUCUUCAAAUUGUCAGAAUUGAAUGCAUCUGACGGGGCUGUUGGAAAUGAAUAUGGACUAAUUUACCCUCAUUGUCUCACUCGAACAUCCUAAACAAAAAUAUAUGGCAAGGGCAUAGAU